CACCCUGGCCGUGCCAAAGAGAUAGUUGGCGCCUCUUGCCCCCGCCCACAUCCUGCUCGCGAUGCUUCUUCCCCGCCCGGACGAACACGACCAGCGUUUACCGCCUCCAUGUUCCAGCAGUCUGCAGACUUUGGACCAUUUCGUCUGAUCUCUUGCCGCCAUUUUUUUGUCCGACCGACCCGUAGUGAUGGCUGAGCAUCUGUCCCAGAGCGAGCUGGACUAUCCUUUUAAACUACUCGAGUACUUGAACGGCUAUCGGGUGUCAAAGGUGAUCUUUGCCGCCUGCGAGCUGGGUGUCUUCGAUCUCCUGAUGAGGUCCCCGGGGGCCAUGAGCGCUCUCCAGGUGGCCGAGGUCCUGGACGCCAACGCCGAUGGCAUAGAGAGGCUGCUGGACGCCUUGGCGGGUAUUGAGAUCCUGCAGGUGGAUACGGCGGCUGGGACAGCACUUUACAACAGCACUGAUGUGGCCAACACUUACUUGGCCAGGGGGGGCGCCAAAUCGCUCCAUGACAUGGUCGCCUACCAUUCGCAGACCAUCUACCCGCUGUGGAACAACAUGGCCGACGCCGUCAGGGAGGGCAAGAACCAAAACCAGAAGACCUUCGGCAUACCGCCUGAAGAGGUGUUUGAGGCCAUCUACAGGUCGGAGGAUGAGAUGGUGAAGUUCAUGGGUCUGAUGAACUCCUCCUGGAAUUUGGACGGACAGGACGUCGUGACGGCGUUCAACCUCUCCUGCUUCCAGAAGAUAGUCGAUCUCGGAGGUAAGAGCGGCCACCAGAGAGCAGAAUCGACGCAUGUACAGCACUUUGGGAGUUUGUCUUCUUUUCUCCCAGGGUGCACAGGUGCACUGGCGCGAGAGUUAGCAAAGGCGUAUCCCUCCUCAUCCAUCACGGUCUUUGAACUCCCGCGGGUGGUGGAGAUGGCCCAGAAACAUUUCCCUCAAGAGAACGACACCUUCACUUUCCUCAGCGGAGAUUUCUUCCACGGGGACGUUCCUCCCGCCGACUUGUACGUCCUGGCCCGAAUCCUUCACGACUGGUCCGAGGAGAAAUGUCUGACGCUGCUCAAGAAGCUCCACCGUGCCUGCAAACCAGGCGGUGGAGUCCUGCUGGUGGAGGCCAUGCUGCUGGAGAACCGUCGCGGCCCCAUCAUGGCGCAGCUCUUCUCCCUCAACAUGCUGGUGCAGACGGAAGGCCGGGAGCACCCUGCUUCUCAGUACACCAAGAUUUUAGACCAGAGCGGCUUUGCCCACGUGCAAGUGUGCCGCACGGGAAAGUCCUACGACGCCAUCUUGGCCAUUAGAUGAAAGCUACCUAGGGACGCCUCCACAAGUAUAUUCUAUUAAUAUUAUUUGCCAACAAGUAAUACUAUUUAUAUUGUCUGGUAGCAUUAUUCCAAUGCACUUUUAGUGUGUUAAACAAUCUCUGAACAUUCAUUUUUAAAUGUAAACCCACCACAAAAUAUGAAUAAUAACAGUUGCUGUUUAAAAGUGUUAGUAUGAAGAACCUUACUCAUGGGAACCAUAUGUUCUGAUAGGUUGUUAAAGCUUAAUUACAUAAAGAAAACUUUAAUUACAGAUUAUUACAAAUAUUUUGCAUAAACGUUACAAGCAAAAAAGCUGAUUUUUGUAUAUGCAGUGUGAAAUUUUUUUCUGCCUCUUGGCAUCCUGAUUGGUAUGGUAGGUGAACAAAAGGUGGCUUUUAAUGUAGAUUGACAAAGACUAAAAGUUACAUUAAAUAAACGUAUAAUAAGUUAUGUAUUUAGAAAUGUGCACAGUACGGUGGCCUGGAAGUGCAAAACAACUUACAAUGUCAACUUAAAACCUAUAGCAUAUCAGUAUGUGGAAUUAAAUUAUGGAAUGGAUUAAGUAAAUAAGUUAAACAUUGUUCUGAUAUGAUCCAGUUUAAGAGGCUGUUCAAAUUAAAGAGUGCUCACAAAGAAGAAGAAUUAUGAGAAACACUUUCAACCUUAUUUAAAAUAAGAUAUUCUUCAUCUCAGUAUGUUAAUAAUGACUGAAUUGAUUAAGUACAUAUUACAAAACUGUUAUGUUACUCAUUCACGGAUGUCAUUUUGCUGUAAAGAAGGUCAGUGAAUUAAUGUAUAUAUUUGUGGGCGCUCUGACGUGGGAAAGGGGUAGGAUUAAAUAAACUUUGCUUCUUUUCGGA